CCUGGAAUCAUAGAGAGAGAAAGAGAGAGAGAGUGCAAGCAACCGAAUUCGCAAGUAGAUAGACGUAUAAAGUAAAUCAGUAAACGUUAUCCCUGUGUUUUUACGUUAUCCCUGUGUUAAAUAACCAAACAUUCAAAUCUAUAAUAGAUAUAGAGAAUUAAAGAAAAGAAAAAGAAACGUUUUAAAUUUCUAAAUCAGUAUAACACAUAAUGCAUAAAGUUGUAUAAGCCUUGGUUGUUUACAUGUCACAGUGACUGUUCUUAGAUAUAAUAAUGGAUUCAGUAUAUGGAUGUUAUAACCGUCACGCGUCCGCACAGAUUUGCCUGAAUGAUUAUUUUUCGGAAUAUAGUAAAUUAUUAAAAUCUUCCAUAUGCUACGGACAAAACCAAUCGACGGAAGAAAAAAUGUUUCAACUUAUGGGUGUUGAACUUUCAAAAUCAAGACUAGAUUUAAUGUCACAUUAUUGCAGCAUCAGUAAUUUAAGGACAAUGGUAACUACCACUGAUGAAGGAAGCAGGAAUAAACAUGAUAAAAAUCUUGAAAAUAUUUCAGAUAGCGCUCAACUAGAAACACUUAAAGUAUUGAAGAUAUAUGACAAUAAUUUGUUACACAAGUACAAUAUGCAAAAUAGAACUCGAAUUAUAUAUGAGAAAUUACAUGAUGAUCAAAUUGUAACACCAGGCCUAGAUUUUCUAGUUUAUGUUCAAGUUUAUGAGCCAUUUAACUCUGCAAUGAAUCGUAUUGGCCGAUUUUUUAAACAUAAUCUUCCAAUUCUCCGAAUUAAAUCUGUCAUAUCGAUACUAGGAUGUCAAUAUCUUACUGAUCUUCGUGAAAAGAUAAUGUGUAUAUCUGAUUUGUCGAUUGCAACAGAAGUUAGUAAGAAUCCAAAUCAACAGUCUAAAUUCAUGGCAAAGGAUGUCUAUAAGUCAGGCUUUUUUUUCAUUGAAGAUACUUUUUACAAUGAUAUGAGAGAUCCAAAUAACAAGGAUUACAGCGAUGUUAUAUUGAAGUGGGCAGAAACUCGGAAUAAGUUAGGUCCAUUUAAAACUGCAAAGAUGGAGAAUGUCCGAAUAGAUACUCUUAAUGUAAGAUUUGGUUUUCCAUGGGUAUAUAUGCAUCAGGGUUGUUGUGAACAUUUAAUUGUAUUGUCUGAUGCCAGAUUGGUAACCGACGAUGAUGAUUUAUCAAUAUCCACUUAUCCAAAAAUUGAGAGGAUAAAACCUGCUGCUGGGAAGAAUUGUACUAUGUGUGGAAUACAUAAUGUACGUUGGGUUGUGAUGGAACAUGACAGAGUACCCCAUGAGACCAGCUACUUUUGUGAAAAUUGUUUCAAAUCAUACAAUUAUGUCAAUGGCAAAAAAAUUGGAAAUUUCAAAGCAUAUAGAUAUCCUUAUAUAACAGAAUUAAUGAUAGAAAAUACCUAAAACCUUAUUAACUGGUCUUUUUAUAAAUAACAUGUAAUAUUGAUAAACCUGUUAAAAAUAUAUUUUAAUACAGGAAACAUAAUGAGCUUAUCCUGUUGUUAAAAAAAAUUA